AUGAUUUCCCCAAAAGAAACUUCUCAGGAAGAAAAGCAGGUCGGAUACUAUGGAGACAUAGGAGCAAAGUCCCAUGUAACAGCUCAUGAAGGGCAUCACUUGACGACUGAGGAAGUGACUCAAGAGGGCGAAGGUAUACUUCUCACCAUUAGCACCAAAGAUGGUACAGAUACGACAGGCUUGAAAUUGGCACCCGAUGGUCGCACUGUUCUUAUUCCGCAACCAAGCGACGAUCCAAACGAUCCACUCAACUGCCCAUGGUGGAAGAAACACGCAGUCCUACUCACAACGUCGAUUUUGGCGGGCAAUGGGGAUUUUAGUCUUUGCCUUGGCUUCCCAGCGGUUCUGCCUCAAGCGCUUCAUUGGGAUAAAUCGUAUAACUCAAUGAACUUCACCACGAACCUCGCAGUGAUUAUGGUAGGAGUUGGUGGUGUCCUCGCGAUUCCCCCAAGCUACUUCUGGGGGCGUGCGCCCGUCGUGUUCUGGGCUGUCCUCGCCAGCGUCUUCUUCACCCUCGGGAUCUGCCUGACUGACAACUUCGAGGCCUUUUAUGCAUUGCGUGCGUUGCAAGGGGCUACCCUCACAGUUUGCCAGACAACGGCACUAUGUUACAUCAAAGAUAUGUUCUUCCUCCACGAGCACGCUCGCAAGAUCGGCAUAUGGCUUUUCUUCUUCUAUGUCACGCCAUACAUUGGCCCAAUGCUGGGCUACUUCAUGAUUUCCGGACUUGACUCGCAGUGGCGCCCGCUAUACUGGCUUGCGCUAGCAUCGACUUGUUUUGAUCUUGUUCUGGUGGUAUUGUUUCUGGACGAAACUUGGUAUCGAAGGGAUGUGCCCCUUGAGGAGCAGCCGCCGCGCGGCAGCAGAUGGCAGAGAGUGAUCGGGAUAUGGCAAAUCAGACUGCACAGAGGCUACUUCGUGGGUGCCUUACCAGCCUUUGGCAGGUUCUGGGCAGUAUUGAUCAAACCUCUGAUGCUACCGAUCCUAGUCUACUUCUGCCUAUAUUUCAUGUGGGCCACUGGAGUCAACAUCACGGCGGCCGUCCUCCUCGGGACACCAGAAGACGUUGGAGGCUACGGAUUCAGUCCUAAAGCGUCCGGAUUCAUCUAUUUUGCCCCUGCUAUAGGCGUCACAUUGGGCGAGGCUCUCGGACACUGGCUGAACGACUGGAAUGCUGCAAGAUACACGAGACGCCAUGACGGUCUUUUCAAGGCAGAAGCGCGUUUGCCUGUCACGUAUCUCGGGACCAUCAUCAUGACGUUUAAGCAUCAUCUCCAUUGGCUGGGUAUUGCAUUCGGCUGGGGAAUUUAUAUAUUCGGUGCCAUGCUGUCCAGUGUUGCAAUCACCACGUACGCUCUCGAAUGCUAUCCCCAAGCCUCGGGGGAGGUUUCGGCGUUCAUCAACUUCAUGCGCGUGAUGGGCGGAUUUGCUGUCGGUUACUUUCAGCAGCCAUGGGGGGUGAGCGUUGGCUAUGGCGCCAGUUUCGGCACACAGGCUGCGGUGAUCGUCGCAGCCGGGGGGAUCUUGAUCUUCAUUUACUUUUACGAGGAGAGGCUCAGGGUCAAAGGCCGCCCCCUAAGAUUUCCUGGCUCAACCUGA